GAUUUUCUCUUAUAUUUGAACUCUAACGACGUUGCCACGCGAGUUGGAUAAAAUUUUAGGAAAUUACUCACUAAACCUCGGACAAUUUACUGCGGCUAUGAACUUAGAAAAAAAAAAAAAUGCCAGGAAGGUAUUCACUUCUAUGAAACUAAUGGAUUCUACUAGAAUUCUCUGAUUUGUCUCUGAUUCAAGCGUUACCACAAGUUUCUUUCAGGAGAUCUUCGAUACACAAUGGAUAUUAUGUUACUUUUACGUUUUGAGUUGUGAGUCUACUGAAAACGUUUCAUAUAUACAAUUGUUUGCAUUUUCUGUUAUAAACAUUGUUUCUACCGUUCAUUUGCCACUUUGGGUUCAUGUAUUAUUCUGUUCGCGUAGAAUAGUUACGAGUAGUGCACACAAAUUGUAUUUGAUUAAUUAUCAUUUUAAACAGAGACUUGGUAUUCGUUGAACGAAAGAUAAGAUGUUUUCGUUCAAUGAAUACGUUCUUAUUUAGCGACUGAAAAAUAUAUCCGCAGCGAACGCUUUUGACUCUCACUCAGAAAACACGUUCCCUGAGGAACGCGAGGCAUAAAAUCUUGUACAAAGAAGUUGCAUUUAAAUGCGGCUGCUUUAUACUUGAAAAGAUUUGUAUCUCGAAGAAUCGUCACUAUUUUAAAACACUUAUACCUUAAGCGAAACGGAGGAACACGACCUAAGUGUAUAAAAAUAAUUUUUAUGGCCAUCUAUGCAACGUUGUAACUCGUUGCGAUUAAAUCCAUUGAUCAUCUUUGCCGAAGAAAGCGACUAGGAGUGUACGCGAUCACAAAAUAAUGCACGAUAAUAAUCUGACCGUUAUUAAUCAAGAAUCUCUUAACGGAGGAGAGACUGCGAUCACGAGAGAUAGGCUGACUUAACUUACUUGAAACUACUACUAGUCAAUGAAUCUACUGGUACGAGAUGUUCAUGGCAGAUGCCGGUUGAAAACAGAACUGAAUGAAUUGAGAAACGAAAUGAUUUCUAUUCUCAUCUGGCUUCAUCACGAAUUCAAAAGAGAAAGGAGAAACGAAGAAAUAAAAGUGAUCAAGGAGGGGAGGGAUGAACCGAGAGCCCGGAAUCGACUGGCUUUGUUUUUGAGGACAGUUCCGAGCGUGAAAGCGUCUUGUGCUACGUAUGUAAACAAUAAAAUUUUAAUGAAAUACAUUGUUGAUUUAAAAAGACGAACGAUUAAUUCCUAUCCAUCUCCUCCCCUCGCAUAA